AUGACGGUCCAGGAUACGUUCCUGUCUGCUGGAGCUCAGCACUUGCGCGUUCGGCUUCCCGCGGCAGUCGACUUUGUCAAUGAAGCACUUGUGCAGCUCGGUUUCGCCGAGACGACAGUUGCGGCGCAAGGAUCUGGUGGCCCUGUCGCCGUGACUGUCACCGAACGCGGCGUCGCCCUGCACAUUGGUGCCUGCGCAGGUUCAAUGCAGAAAAUUAUCGCCAUCCUGACGUUACUCUACCACUUGAUCCACCCUGCAGCUGCCGCACAUAAGGAGGACACAGCUCGCAAGCUCACGACCGAGACUUUCACACAGCGCAUCUUUCUCAUCGAUGAGCUCGAGGCAUUGCUCUACGAAAAUGUGACAGCCAAGCUCUACGAGUUUCUCGUCAGCACAUGCGCCCAGCACGACAUUCAGCUCAUUGUCGCCACCAACUCGCGAGCCAUCAUCGAGCCGCGCCUGAACACAAGGCGCGAGGUCUUGUUCCUCACUCCGGAUGGCAAGGCCGUCGAGCUGACAGACGAACUGCCCAAGGACGAGGAGAAUCAGCAGUCCCUCUUCCCGAUCCUCAACGCCCUCAGCCAAGUCAAGGACAGCAAGCCACUGCUCGUGGUGGAAGGCGCCAACGACCAGGCGUUCUACAGCAAGUACACGACCCUCGGCCAGCACUUCCAGUUUCUGACCACGUCAGGUGCCGUCAACAAGCAGAAUCUCUCCAACAUUCUGACGCAGGCGAGGCUCAAGCACGUCUUUCUCAGAGACAGUGACAUGUACGCCGCUUCGCCCGAUCUCCCAGCUGCCCAGGCUCGGAUCGCAAGGAGUGUUGGCGCGCCCGUCGUCUACACGCUGCUGCCGUGCAUUGAGUCGUACUUGAUUCUGCACCGACUGCUCAAGAGCGUGGACGUAGACGCACUCCGUGUCAGAACGAUUCGGGCCCUUCCGCAGUGCAAGUGGUACUUUGUCUCGACCUUCAGAGAUUUCGGCAAGGAGUCGAAGCAGAAACCGCCGCCCACAGCAGCGCACCAUUGCGAGCCUGAAGGGACCAUGCAACGGUCUGCUGACAGGCUUGCCACCAUGACGAACGAUGAGCUCCGCAAGCUUCCGAAAGCCGAUCUCAAACUCCUUUGCGGCAGGUGCAAGGAGCCAAUCUUCGCCGACGAAAGCAAACGCGAAGACCGAGCGUCUGCUGCCUCGAAUCCACCGACUCCAGAUGGCUUUGAUGCAUUUGGCAGUCUGUUCGGCGCGAGUACCGCGGAAGUCUUUCAGCCGGUCCUUCCGAGUGAUUCAGCUUCCGACGAGCCAGCACGAGACCCUGCGAGUGAUUUGGCAUCAAGUGAGAACGGCGAGGCCGUGGCCAUGCUCAAUCGCAUGCUCGCAGACUCAGAAAACGACCCGGACGUGCUUUGGGACACUUUGAUUGCCCAGCUGACAGCCGACGCAACCCCCUCGUCCUCGUCCUCCUCCUCCUCCUCCUCGUUUGAACACAGCAAACGGGUCUCGUUUUGGACUACGUAUGUCAAGAUGGUCCGCGGCCACGACUUGAUGCCGAAUGCGGCGGCCGUGAUGCGCGGUCUCGAGCGCAGACAUCUCCAUCCCGACGUCAAAGCCCUGCUUAACGAGACCGAGCAAGCUGUUCUCGCGAGCUUGCACUGA